CUUCGACCUUGCCUUGUUAGUCAUCCUCCGCCUUUCAUCUGGGAAAUUAAAGAAGAAAAAGGGAGAGUUGUCGCAAGAAAGAUGGGUACGACUGGCGCAAGAGGAAUCGACAGCGGCUUCCAAGUGUUUGUGGUUACCGCGUUAGCAUUUGUUAUCAUGGUCCUCUUUCUUUACGCAUCACUUCUCCUUAUUAACAAAAAUACAGAUGAAACAAAACGAAAGAAGUCGCAAACAAGAAGAUCAAGAAGGUCAAUUGGGUCUAGUAGGGCAAGUAGAUCACGAGUCAGCAACACAAGCGACGUUGAAAGUAGAUAGAAACGAUCGGAAUAUUUUGAUACUG